CAGGCGCCGCCGCCGCCAUCUUUGUUAGGGGCAGCCGGGCCCGGCUGCGGAGAUGCCGAAGUCCUGCGCUGCCCGGCAGUGCUGCAACCGCUACAACAGCCGCAGGAAGCAGCUCACCUUCCACCGGUUCCCAUUCAGCCGCCCCGAGCUGCUGAAGGAGUGGGUGCUGAACAUCGGCCGGGGCAACUUCAAGCCCAAACAGCACACGGUUAUCUGCUCUGAACACUUCAAACCUGAGUGCUUUAGUGCCUUUGGGAACCGCAAAAACCUGAAGCACAAUGCUGUGCCCACGGUGUUUGCCUUUCAGGACCCCACGCAGCUGGUGAGGGAGAACACAGACCCUGCCGGCGAGAGAGGAAAUGCCAGCUCGCAGAAAGAAAAAGUCCUUCCUGAGGUGGCGGCCGAGGAACACAGCUCUGGGAGAAACGUGGACGCUGUGCUGGAAGAGCUUCAGCUGCCCCCGAACACUGAAGGCCUCACCAGGCAGGUCUUGCCACAUAGACCAGAAGCAGCAGAGGCCCCUGGUCGGCCAGGCAGCCCCACACGGCUGAGAAGAUCGCUCCUCAAGCAGCCAUCUGACCACAGCUAUGCCCUUUUGGACUUAGAUGCCCUGAAAAAAAAACUCUUCCUCACUCUGAAGGAAAACGACAAGCUCCGGAAGCGCUUGAAGGCCCAGAGGAUGGUGAUGCAGAAGAUGUCCAGCCGCCUCCGUGCCCACAGAGAGGCGCAGCGGGGACCCCAGGCCAGGCCUCGGCCAGAGCAGCGGAGCUGAGCCUGACAGGUUCUGGGAUGUGGGGGCAGUGGCAGCACCAGGGCCAGGCACUGGAUUAGGGCUCUGGCUGUGGCUACUUCUGCCUGCUGCCAACAUGAAUGUUGGCAGGGAGGCUUGUUGCACAGGGCAUGGAGACCCUAGGCAGGCCACCUCGCAGUAGCAGGCCAGGAGAGUGGAUCCCCGAGUGACAGGCUGGGGCCUCCUGCAGCACCAAGUCCAGUAUGAGGCUGGCAUCUGGACCACUGUCCUUUCAGUACUUGCCUAACAGGUAUCAUGGGAACCACAGCACGAGGAGCACUUCUUUGAGGGAGUGACAGCUGACUCUCUGGUGGGGUGAGCGGUUCCGUCAGCCUCGACAGCUGAAACGGGCCUGUUCCAAGGAGUGAGUCCUCUCCUGGCCUGGUUUGAACGAACAACAGAAUAAAAGUGUCUU